GAUCUUCAAUUCUCUGUCCACAGUCUCAGGGGAUUAUCAGAGGACCCGAUUCCCGGCCCUGACGAAGGGUGGAUCUGCUCCGUUGAGAGGGUUUCCAUGAGAAAUUCCAUAUCCAUCUCAGAAUCUUUGCUUCAGAGGGAUGUCAACAUAGGCCUGAUUGACAUUAUUGAUAAUCUUGAGCUUCAUUUUGUAGAUGGGAUCUCCCCGCGAAUGGAAGCCACAAAAAGGGGUGCCGGAGGAAAGGCUAGCAGUAGUGAUUCAGUUUCUGACCAAAACGGUGGGCCAGAAUCCGAGAUAGUUUCGGAAUCAAGUGUUCAGCCCUUCAAUUCAAAGCCAUUCUCAUCUAAAGCAGCACCUCUAUGGGAAGGCUCUGGUAUUUUGCCAGAAUCUGGUGUUGUUGACGAAGGAAGGUCGUCUGCACUGAGUUCCUCCAAGGGCAAAGAAGGUUGUGAUGGCUCUUCUGAAAACUUGGCUGCACAGGGGAAUAUACCGCUCAUUCCGUUAAACAAUGGGGGGGGAGCUAAAAGCACCCCAUCAGAGCACAGGGAGAGGGAAAAAUGCCGAGGGCAAGAAAAAGAAAACGAAUGAGUAAUCAUCCUCGUUGAAGUUUGAUUGGUUCUAUUUGGUUUCUUUUUAGGAAUAUGCAGCUAUGGUUGAAGUAACAAUAAGGCAUGUCUUACUGCCUUAUUGUUGUAGUAACAACUGGUUCUCCUGAACUAUAGAAGCUGGUUUUAGAUUUUGGCAUAUAUAAAGGGUGUUUGGGAGUGAUUAACUUGUGGGUAAAGUGAUUUUCACAAAAGCGGAAAACAGAAGCACCAUAUAUUUGCUUCUCCGAAAUGGUGUUCUAUGUACGAAAUGAUGGUAAGAAAAGUAGAAGUUGGUA